AUGGUCGUUCCAACAGAUCCAGGCCUUAUGCGGACGCUCGCCCUCAUGGGUGGCUACACCAUCCAGCAGCGCGAAAUUGAGUACCGCAAGACCCUCGACAGCAUGAUUCCCGACAUUCUCUGGGGCGCGAAGCCCGCCAACGUCAGCCUUUUCUCUAGCCUCAACCCAAACCUCCCGCGUCGUGUCUACAAGCUCCAGUUCGACGCGGCCCCGAAGCCCGGCGUCUCCAGGCAGCUCCUUAUCGACGUCAAGUUUGGUCCCGGACCGAUAGACGGGAGCAUCUUCGUGAACACCUGCGCCUCCGUUGACAGCAACCUAUCGACAUUUGACCACGCCGCCCGCAUCCAGGAGCUCGCGCGCUCCAGGAUUCCCCAGUUGGUGCCCCGCGUCAUCCGCGUCGGCGUCUUCGACUCCCCAGAGGGCGAUUUGGACUACAUCGUCACCGAGCACAUGCCCGACACCGUGACCCUCGACAAGGUCUGGGCCAGUCUGCCCCCCGAGACUCAGAGCAAGCUGAUGGACCAGCUCGCCGCUGCCAUCGAACUUCUCCGCAGUGGAUUGGUCAUCGACCGCGCAGCGUUAGACUCUAAGCUUGACGCCAUCGACUUCUCUGGGGGUGCCGACUACACCGCCAACCCCGACCUGGCUGUACCGACUGCUCAAGUCGACUGCCCAUCCGACGACGUGUUCCCCCGUCCCCUCGGCCAUUGCCCCCAGCUUGUGCUGAUCCGUGCUCUCCUCGCCAAGUACGCCAAUGAUGCCCGUGCCGCCCGCCAUCAUCCGCCAGCCGGCGAUUUCAGGGAUGGCGCCGACGGUAGCUUCUCGAUAGGGUUUGCCACGAACGGCAUCGUGGGAUCCGUGGAUUUCACAGCUGAAGAGUUUCACGAAGUGGCCCACAGCAUGGCGGUCUGCCACAUGGAUCUCGAGCCCCGGAAUAUCCUCAUCAAGACCGUCGAGCUGCCCGCCAACAGCCCAGGAGGCAAGAACCGCAAAGAGCUAAAGUUGGUCGGCAUCGUCUCAUGGCAGAAGGCCACCCUCGCUCCUUUCGCGAUGGAGCGAGGUCUCAAGGACGCACUGCUCGGCUGUCAGUUCAACCACGACUACUCCUGGUACAGGUUGUUUGUCGAUCGUACUCAGCAUCUGAUCCCCCCGAGCGAUGGCCACGCCAUGAUCCUAAUCGUCAUGAUGGCCAUCAGAAUUGCCUCUCGAGCCCCCGACUGCUCCCAUACCAACAUGGUCCACCAGGAGGAGUGGAUCAGAAAGGAGAAGCUCAAACUGGCUUUGGUCCGGAGCGGCUGGGUCAGGAAGCCCGGUCACGAGAACCACAAGUCCGGUUCGGAUCGGGAGUAUCGCGAGAUGGGCAACGCCAUCAUGCGUCGCUUCGUGGCGGAGAUGGCCGAGUCUAUUCCGACUCAUCCCCACAAUCCUCUCGCCGGGUUUCCUGGUUACCCCAGUUGA